AUGGUUGCGUGUAGUAUAGCACCUACACCUUUACCGCUAAUCACCGAGGCUCUUCACUCCUUUGACAUAUUACAACCACUUUCGGGAUGCUGCUAA